GAAUCUCAGCCAAAGACUCCGAGUCCAAGCAGCCCAUGUUAAAGUGCAUUUAAGUUUAAUAAAUGCUCGUUCAUCGCUUUCUCUCAUACACGUUCUCAAAAAGGGAAAAGGAGAGGGGCCGAUCGACAGGUUUUGAACAUUUAGUGCCGCUGUUGAUUCUGUCAAGAGAAUGGGGCGCUGCUCAGUCGUAACAUCUGUUCUUCUGUCUUUCUAUGCUCAGGCCCUGGCAUUUACAAACAUAAGGACCAACCUGUGCAGGUGGUGUGACUACACGGUCCCAGUGUGUGAGGACAGCGUGUGCUACAGCAACUGCUCCUUAAACUCCUUCUGCGUCCUGUCUGAGGAGAUCUGCGUGGCUGUAUGGAAGCAGGACAACGACAGCGUGAGCGUGCGGACGCUCUGCCACAACCCCAAGCAGCCCCUGGAGAACGUGGUGCUCUCCAACUACUCGUCGCCCGAAUGCGUGAUGGCGCGCCAGCCCGCGGAGGAGGGCCUGCUGUUCGUCUGCGGCUGCGUGGAGGAGCCCGAGUGCAACGACAAGCUCAUAUUCGACAAGGGCCCCAACGGGUUCUCCAAGCUCCGCAGUAAGGACGUCGUCCCCGUGGUGGUGAUAAGCCUGCUGCCGCCGCUGCUGGUGGCUCUCUUCGCCACUCUUGGGUUUUACCUGUACCGCACCCGCAGGCCCAGCAAGCAGCCCAAAGACUGGGCCCCCAAACGCACCCACUACCAGUCCCUGGAGGCCCCUGAGGGCCGAGGGGCCAGUGGAGUGCCACCCGGCGACUACCGCUGCAAGCUGCUGGGCCCCGGCGACGACGCCAGCUCCGAGGCCUCGUCCGCCCGCGCCAACUGCCUCAACCACAACACCGAGCACCUGCCCAUCCAGCUGGAGGCCCUGGUCGGGAAAGGGCGCUUCGCCGAGGUCUGGCGGGCGCGGCUCAACCACAGCGCCGCCGGCCAGUACGAGACGGUGGCGGUGAAGAUCUUCCCCGCCGUGGAGUACGCGUCCUGGCGAAAUGAGCGCGCCAUCUUCUCCGACGCCAACCUGCGGCACGAGAACGUGGUGCAGUUCCUGACGGCGGAGGAGCGGGGCGGAGCUGGGGGCGGGGACGGCGCGGGCCCCGCCCCCAGGCAGUACUGGCUCAUCAUGGCCUACCACGGGCUGGGGAACCUGCAGGACUUCCUGACGGGGCACGUGCUGAGCUGGGCGAAGCUGUGCGCCAUGGGGGGCUCGGUGGCGCGGGGCCUGGCACACCUGCACAGCGACUACGCGCCCUGCGGCACGCCCAAGGUGCCGGUGGCCCACCGCGACCUGAAGAGCAGCAACAUCGUGGUGAAGAGCAGCGGUGAGUGCGCGCUCUGCGACUUCGGCCUGGCGCUGCGGCUCGACCUGUCCCUCACCGUGGACGACUUCGCCAACAGCGGACAGGUGGGGACAGCACGCUACAUGGCACCAGAGGUACUGGAGUCCAGAGUUAACCUGGAGGACCUGGAGGCUUUCAAACAGAUGGACGUUUACUCCAUGGCCCUCGUCCUGUGGGAGAUGGCCUCCCGCUGUGAAGUCAUAGGGGAGGUGAAGAGCUAUGAGCCGGCAUUUGGGUCGAAGGUGUGCGAGCAGCCCUGCGUGGAGAGCAUGAGGGACCUGGUUCUGAGGGACCGAGGCCGGCCCGACAUCCCAACCAGCUGGAUGACACACCAGGGGAUGAAUAUCCUGUGUGCCACUAUCACCGAGUGCUGGGACCAUGAUCCUGAAGCCAGGCUCACGGCCCACUGCGUGGUGGAGCGCUUCAACAGCCUGGCCCAGGAGGAGGGGAGACAGGAGCUCAGCACUGACAGUGACCAGCUGGGUCCCCCCGCCCCGCCCACUCCCCACCCCCUGGGCGAACCCCCCGCCCCCUCCACAGAGGCCGACGCCCACAGCAGGCCGGUCGCUCAGGUCUGAGGGCCGUUCUCCCUCCAGACGUUAUAGAUCUCCCGUUGUUAAAGGAGCUGGUCUCCGCCACAGGUUUUAUUUCAUGUUUUGUUUAUUUGUGUUCCGUUUGGUCUUUGCCUUGCGUUCGUUUUGAUGGCCAUCCGUCAUUUACUCUUCUAAAUUUUUCAGUGAUGCUCGCUUGUCUACUGUGGAGGUAGUGAGGUGAUGUUAAGUAUUUUGUAAAUCCCCAAAGUGCUUUAAGAAAAAAUGAAAUACAUAUGUUCUUUGUAUAAUUUGCACUAUUACAAAAUUGAGAAAAACUGUCUAAUUGGAUUUAAAUUAGACAGUUUAUAUUCAUUUUAGGUCUCCUCAAGUUGUAUUUAAAAAUUCAAUCAAACAGUUGUUAUAUCUGUGAAUUAUAUUGAUCAAAUAUGAUUUGCACAGUGAUAUAUAAUAUACAUACAGUGAUCUCCAUAAUGUUUGGGACAAAGACAUUUUUUCCUGUACUCCACAAUUUUAGAUUUGUAAUGACACAAUUCAUGUAUGGUUAGAGUGCAGAUUCUUAACUUUUAUUAAAGGGUAUUGGGGGGCUAUAUAUAAAAAGUGCUGUAAUUUCUACAUGGUGAAACCAAAGUGCAUGAAAAUACCUUAUAAUGAGCUGACAAUGUGCACUUUAACCACAUGUAAAUUACAAAUCUAAAGUGGAGUGGAGUUCCGAGCCAAAUCAAGAAAAAAUAUAAAAAAUAUAAAUAUAAAAAAACAAGAGAAAACAGCAUAAUGUAAUCACUGGAUUGCUGUAUAAAUUUUUCUUAUUUAAGGUUUGUUAUAUUUUCCCCUCAGAAGUAUUUUCUACCUGUAUUGAAAUUAUGUCUGCACUAUUCGCCUGAUGUGGCAAAUAUGUUGCUUCUCCAAUAUCUUAAGCCCAGUGACAUUCUUUAAAGGUUGUGUGAGCUUCCCAGUGUUGGUUCCCAUUAGCAUAGCAUCUAAGAAUACAACAAUGAUUCUUUUCUCCUUUCAAUUUGAUUAAUCAAGGACCCAAAAUGAAAACGGCGUGUUUGUCGAAGGAAGCGCAUUCUACAGACUGUGGAUAAGUGAGGCUGAAUGUGUAAUUGAUAGAGGAAAGCGAAUUGAAGACUACAUCACUGUUCCUUGUUAAUGAGCAUGUUUAGUGUAGGGCCGCUUUCAACCUGUGCCAACUGUAAGCCCUGGGGAGGGCACAUCAAAUGUUUUUCAGCACUGGGAAAUGUUUCUCAGGAAUUCCAACAGCAACUCAAUUUUCCUGUUAAAUCUACAACCUGGGACACAUCCCCCUUCAAAGCGGUGUUUAUUUUCACGAUACAGCAUUAAAAAAAAAUUAACUCAGUUAUCUAAACUCCAAUUUGAGUUUGCCUCCUAAUUACAGAACACCUGUGACUGAAUUAUGAUUCAUUUGGCAUCAUUUUUGCUGAAUAUAUUCAGAAUUUAUCUGGUCUGUUGACAACGUAGCAGCACAUAUCAGUUCUGCACAACAAAGGUCUGUAAAGGAAUAUGUCAAACUUCAAAAAGCUUUAACUCAAUCAUUUGUCACAGAACGUUCUGAAAUAAGGGCACAUCCAGGAUUCUAUUUCCAGACAUUAGGCCACAAAUAAUUAAAUCUAUUUGUCUAGUCUAACCAAAUGAAUGGUGGCCUUGUCUUUUUAAGAGCAGGUCUUUCAUCAUGACAAACACACUGCUUUAAUUUGUCCAAGUUUGUAACAGGGAAUUGGUUUUGUGCAGCAAUUUAGACAUUACAUUGAUCUAUCCGAAGAACAAAAACACCAAUGCAAUGAAAUUUCACUCUUGUUAUUAUUUGAAGAAGCUAGAGACUUGUUUCCAAGACCUGAGAAUGACUCAAAAAACAUUUCCCUCCAAAUAAGAAUGUCCAGUCCUAACUGCAGGCCCAUCAUAUUGCACUGUGUCCUUGGCACAUGUAUGAGGUGGUCAUGCGAGCAGGCUGCUGCCACUGCUUUAACCAUUUUAAUCCACCAUCUGUGCUGCGCAGUGGCUGUGCUGCAUGACAGCGCAGCUGAGGCAGCUGAGACAGCUAGCGCAGAUGACUGCAGGCACCCGACUGGAGUCACUCUUGUGCAGUGAAGCACACAACACCCUGCUGACUAGAAUACUCCCUCUUUGGGCUCCACUAACAGUCAUUGCUCAUCCUCUCGAGGAACUUCUAACCCCAGUUGGCAUGGGAACAGGAUACAAUCUGGAUCCGGAGAUCCUGAGCCACAUCACUGCACUGAAGGAAAAAGCGGCUCUCAAUCGAGGGGUGGGUCUCUCCACAGUGCAAUCCAAAGCCAUUCAGACAUGUAUUUCCUUGCAAGCUUGUAUCAUUAUGAACUGUUAAGAACCACUCAUCUAUGCUACUGUACUGGACAGAGGAGUCACACUGUAUAUGACAAAUGAGUGUGAAGCCACAAUCAAGCUUAUUUCAAAUGCACAGCUGGUAAUGAAUUAUCAUUCUUCCAUUGAAAUGUCCUGCAUAACUUGCUUUAGGCCAGGGCUGCCUGGUAUUAUCCAAAAAGGGCCGAUGUGGGCACAGGUUUUUGUUUUAGCCCAGCACUAAAUCACCUGUUCUACUUACUGAGGUCAUGACCGAAGACCGUGAUUAGCUGUUAAAAAGGUGUCGUUGUGCUGGGCCAAACAAAUACCUGCAUCCACACUAUAGCGUACGACUUACACACUUAUAUCAUACACUGUUUGGGUGUAAGCGUGUGCCAUCAUUCAAAUUCAUAAGUCAGUCCCUGUAAAUGUUAUAUUGUUAAAAUGUGCUGUGGAAGGACCUAAGAAACAAAUGUGUUUGUAAUGUAAUGAGAACUCCUCCACCGAAAAGCUUUCUUUCAAAGGCACCUAGUGCCACAAUCUGUUCAGCCCUGCUUUCCUUCUCAUCUUUGUAAUAUGAACAAUGUAAAACCCAAGGAAGACUUGUGGUUGGACAUGCCCCAGAAUGAUAAAUCGGCCACACACCAGGGCAACUGAAUGUCCUUACAAUUUACAACAUCAUUGUCUCUGUGCUUAGAUACGUCUCGAAGAGACCAGCCCCGUUUAUAUCAGUUCAUUUUACUGAAAAGAGGUUGAAGCAAGAGCAAUGUUCAAGCAUGUGUUUGUAGAUAUUGUGAACUGGUGUCACAACUGUAAAUUCUGUGUAUAUUUUAUAAACUGUUCAUGUAUCA